AAUGGGGAGAGCUGUACAGACACGAUUGAAAUUAGGCCGUUGUUAAAAUACGAUGGGAAAUAAGUUAGCUUGUGGUUUACAUGGUGAGACAGAGGAAUCAACUCCUGAGCGUCAAACUUUAGAAAAAGUGUGCAAGUGGUUUAAAAAAUACGAGAAAGCAACUGACAAUCAUUACAUCCAAAUUCCUCAAACCGAAUUUGAAGAGUGUUACCGUUAUAUUAAGGACACAUUAGAGAGCACAAAAGAGAAAGCCGGUUUUGAUCAAAAGAAUUCUGAUAACAGAACUGAAGAUAUGAACUCACAAUUGCUUUCAGUACAAAUAUUGAAUGAUAGAAGCACCACGCCAGCAACACUAUUCGUAAAACAGUUACAGUAUGCCUUACAGAAAGAGCAUCAUAUCGGAGCAACAGUGAUAGAAAAACUGAACGAGUUGAAACCCGAAGAGAGACAGGUUUUAGUUACAAUAUGUAACAGAAAUGAAUCUGGUCCGAUCACUACCGCAGUUGAAAAAUGCCUGAAGAAUAUUGACCGGAGCUUCUACAAGAGAAUCAUUCUUAUCGUAUUGCAUGUUGCGAGACAAGAGGCACUUCCUAAAAUGCCUUCUAGAGGUGAACUUCAAAGCAACAAGAUCUACAGCGAAAUUGGUAGGGUAAUAGAUAUGGGUUUUGAGAGCGGCAUGCUUUAUUCCUGUAAAAUGAAUGAUAAUGCUUUUAAAGAAAUAGCAAACUUCUGUUCGGAAUACGGUUCAACAUCUAACAACACCGUAAUACAGUCAGAUGGAACGAAUUGCUCUGUUGUGAAGAGACAACUCGAUUUACAGGACAGCCAUAUCAGGAAAGGCAUAAAUGAAUCGACGCGUCGUCCGGCGUACAUUUACAUAAUCGAUCCAUCGAAUGCAAAUGCAGUAACACGAUUUAUUGAAGCUUUCAACGAGAAACUUAAGAAGACAGGGAUUGUGCUUAAACAGAAGGAAAUUCAUGAUGUCAGAGAUAUUGACCAAGACCAGUGCUUAAUAUUACUUUGCAAUGCCUCAUCACGCAUUGAAUCUGAUAUUGAAGGAUGUUUAUCUUCCAAUAUACAGGAUGCCAUCUACAUCAAAACAAUUAUUCUUAUAGUUUUGCACGUGGUUCGAAAAGACCGGGAACCAAAGGAAUACACAAGAAAAAAGCUGGAAAAUAGCAAUUGUUCCGAAAAGUUGAGUUCUUUUCAUUCAGUAAUUGACAUGGCAUUUACCGAGGAUGAUGGAAUAUAUGAAUGCCCAAUGAACGAAAAAGCCUUUGUCGAUCUUGAAAGCAUUUUCGUCGACCUUCCCGCUACGGAAAUUAAAGCGGAAGACGGUGCAAUGAGCUUAAAUAAUGAGGAUUCCAUGGACAAUUAUGUAGGCCAACCACAUGAAUCAGAAAUGUUGAAUCAGCCAUUGCUGGACAACAACAAACACGAUGAUUAGGUUAAUGCAUCGAUGAAGCUUACUUCUUAAGUGUAUGGUAUUCAUCAGUAGGUCGACCAUUUUAAAUGUUCAUACAGACACGUAUAAUAUUUGUACAUAUUAAGAGGCGUCUAUUUACCGGCAGAUGUAAUUUGUAUCGGCGUUUUCUAGUCUGUAAAGGAAAAUGUCCCCAUUUAAUGUUAUACUAAGGUACCCAAUGCGAAAAAUGUGUGCAUAUACGGGCGUAAACGGUCCCGUAUAUGUCUAAUAUACGAAUAUCAUAUAAAAGGUAUCUUUCCUGAAAGUAUUAUCAAAACCUAAGCCUUAAACAUACUUUUGGACCUAGACAAUCCCUAACUUUGAAUACUGACAAAAUCUGUUGAAACGUGUUUAUGCUAAGUAUGAUUAAACGGAUCCAUGUGGGCAAAACAUGAAUGUCCAAUUAAAGAAUACGGGAUUCCCGAAUAUGGAAUGUUCUAUAUACGGGAAAAAUGUUUCCGUAUACGCCCGUAUAUUAGGAGUAUACGGAAUACGUACACUCCCGUAUACGGAACCAUUUACCUUAACCCUAACCCCAACUGCAAUCUUAAAAGGUUUUGGAUUUUUGUUUUUGGAGAAGUGAAACAUGAAAUACUCGCUAUAUCGCAAAACGAUUUUCUAUAUAUACUAACUAGUAUUACAUAACGAUUAAAUUAUAUAACAAUUGCUCCGGUUCUACUGUUCAUUUCAAAGAGUGGAGACAAUCAAACCGAACUUCAUAAUAAAUGGCGUGCUCUAGAACAUGACAUUUAAGAUGCAGAAGUGUUGUAAUUUACUAUAUGUAUAAAGCAGAGCCAAACUGAAUCAUUCAAAUUUAUUUGCUUCCAAGUAAUCAGUUACAACAGAAAGUUUAUUCAUGCGUGUCAUAAAAUUGUCAAAAAUCUUGUAUUUGAAUUGGUCAUUCACGACAAGUUCAUGUUUUAUGUAUUUUAAUGUAUAAGUUUUAUAUUAUUACUAACGUCCUUACGUGCAAAGAGGCGAAGCAAAUUCUUUUCAACGUACCUCCUUUUAAAUCUAUUAACUACUAUGACCAAAGAUAGCAUUUUAUAGCAUAAACAUUUCAAUACAGAAACUUAACAAAAUGCAAUUUCUACAAACUGAUUGUGAUAUAGCAUCUUUUUCACUUAACUUCAUUUUUCAUACGUGUUAAAUAAAACAUGUGAUUUUAAUACAUUGUCAUCAAUUGGUUUUGGAUAACCUAGAGGACCAUCCAGAUAAGUAUGCUUUUCAUAUAUCAAACAUAUCAUGAAGACAAGUAGAUUAUUCUCCUCAAAAAUUCUGGGGCUUUUACAUACUAUCUUUGGUUAUAGUAGUUAAUAGCAAUUCUUUGUUCAUACUGACGUUUUUGUUGUUGUAUAAUCAAUUUCAAAACUGAUCAUUUUUAUAUUUGUAUUAUUUAGAGGGUUUAUUAUAAGAAGGAAAAUCC